UCCACCGAGGACUUUCCACACUCUGUGAACGCGAUAAAGUCGCCGCAGACCGGCGAGGCAGCGCGUCAAACCGGGGAAAUAUGAGCACUUUGGAGGGUUUGGUAAACUCUCCCGGAACUUUGCUUUAGUUCAACAGUCAAAAAGUACUUUUUUUUUUCUUCCUUUUUUGUACUUUUACGCAUAACGUCGCCGAGGACCGAGCGGAUUUCUAACUAACUGUGGUUGUUUUAUUUAAAGUAUACCUAUUUUUUCAAAUGCUGUUUGUUUUUCGGGGCAUGUGAGUGUUUCGACCGCGUCUGGACCUACUAACGUGCAGACUGAAGCCGGAAGAAAGGCUCUAUUUGGACGCUUUGUUCGCUCCGAGCUCGGCUCACCAUGCUGCCCAACACGGCGCUUUACGCAGCCAAGAAACGGAAGAAGCCGGUCCAGAAAAUACCCAAGCCUCCGCCUCCCGAUGGCGCCAAGUCCAACCCGUCCAAGCGCCACCGCGACCGCCUCAACAGCGAGCUGGACAAGCUCACCAGCCUGCUGCCCUUCACCGAGGAGGUCCGGGCGCGGCUGGACAAGCUGUCCGUCCUCCGCCUCAGCGUGGGAUACCUGAAGGUCAAGAGCUUCUUCAACGCCACCCUGAAGGCGUCUCAGAGCGGCUCCAGCUGGACCAGCGAGCGCAGCUUGAUGUUCGGCGGGAACGUCCCGAAUGCGCUGACCCCGUCCUCCUCCUCCUCCUCGUCCUCGUCCGCCCCCUCCAUCUCCAACUCCGUGGUGGCCUCCAUCGACGGAGUCACCUUCUCCGAGGGAGACCUGCUGCUUCAGGCGCUGAACGGCUUUGUGUUGGUGGUGACGGCUGAAGGCUACGUCUUCUACACAUCCCCCACCAUCCAGGACUUCCUUGGUUUCCAUCAGUCGGACGUGGUCCAUCAGAGCGUCUUCGAGCUCAUCCACACAGACGACCGAGCGCUCUUCAGACGGCAGCUUCACUUCUCUCUCAACCCGAACAGCGACAGCACCGCCAGUCCCACUGCUCAGAACAGCGUGGAGCUCAGCAACGUGACCAACUACGACCCGCUGGACAUCCCUCCAGAAAACUCCUCCUUUCUGGAGAGAAACUUCUGCUGCCGCUUCCGCUGCUUGCUGGACAACUCGUCUGGCUUCCUGGCCCUGAACUUCCACGGCCGUCUGAAGUUGCUCCACGGUCAGAACCGGGUGUCUGAGGAUGGGACGCUGGUCCCCCCGCAGCUCGCUCUCUUCGCCGUCGCCACGCCGCUGCAGCCGCCGUCCAUCCUGGAGAUCCGCACCAAGACGCUCAUCUUCCAAAGCAAGCACAAGCUGGAUUUCUCCCCCAUGGGCAUCGACUCCAGAGGGAAGAUAGUGCUCGGUUACAGUGAAGUAGAAAUCUGCUCGAAAGGCUCAGGCUACAACUUCAUCCACGCUGCAGACAUGAUGUUCUGCGCCGACAACCACCUGAGAAUGAUGAAAACCGGAGACAGCGGCUUCAACGUCUUCAGGCUGCUGACGAAGAGCGGGACCUGGGUCUGGGUCCAGGCCCACGCCCGGGUGGUGUUCAAGGCGGGCAAGCCGGACUUCAUCGUGUCCCGGCAGAGGCCUCUGACAAAUGAAGAAGGGGAGGAGCAGCUCCGCCUGCGGCGGCUGCAGCUGCCGUUCGGCUUCACCACCGGCGAGGCGGUGCUGUACGACACCAUCCCCACCGUGGAGGUCCCCGAGCCGUGCUCCGCCCCCAAGCAGAGGAAGCUGGACUCCUACACGGUCAGCAAGGACUCCCUGCUGGGCUGCAUGCUGAGCCAGGACCAGUCGCUGUACUGCGAGCACAACGCCAGCACCAUCACCUCGCUCAACGACGUGGCCUUCCAGGACACCCACGCCACCGUCAGCGUCCCGGGGGAGACGGCGCCCAAACCCGAGGCGACCGCGCUGGUGAAGAACGAGGCCACGGUGCAGGACAUGAUGGAGACGCUGCAGCAGAUCCUCGGGGACGGCGACCUGACGGAGAGCCUGGAGGUGGAGCCGGACGAGCUGAAGAGCUGGGAGAGCACGCUGCUGAAGAUGAACUUCGGCGGCGGCGAGUUCGCCGACGACCUCAACGACAUCAUCAGCAACGACAUCCUGUCCUACGUGGAGGAGCAGCUGCAGAAGGAGGGCGGGCUCAAGCUGCUGGACCAGCUGGACGACGUGCCGGGCUGCCUCCCCGCGCUGGACCUCCAGAACCAGGACCUGGACCGGGGCGGGCAGCAGAGCUUCAGCUGGAGUCUGGAGCCUCAGGGCCAGCCGACGCCCAACGGCGGGCCGAUGAUGGCGCCGCAGCCGCCGCCUCCGGGCGCGGGAACGGUCAAGCUGAGCCACAUGGACUUCCCCGUGCUGAAAGGUCCGAGCCUUCACCAGCUCUCGGCGCCGCUCCAGCUGGGCCCCACCGGGAACACGGGCGCCGCGGGGCCCCUGGACGCCUCCCUGCCCAGCUCCUGCUCCCAGACGCAGAGUCAGCUGAGGCAGGUCGGCGCCGGCCGCCCGCCGUUCCCGAUCAGGCAUGCGCCGACCGCUCAGCCUCCGCUGAGCCGCCCGGUGCAGACUCGCCUCCCCCUGCGGACGCCCCCCCAGCCCGAGACCGACAGACAGCUGAACCACAUGUUCGGCUUUCCGGGCGGCCAGUGGAGCCCGUCCGUGCCCAACGCCAAUCCGGCGGUGGAAACCUACGCCCCCAACAUUUCAAGCCAGCCCAGUUUUCCCGCCGGCCCCGGCCCGUCCCCGGGGGGCCUCCUGCAGGGCCGCUUCGCGCUGCAGACCCAGAACGGGGACAGUCAGAGGCCGUCCUGGCCGCCGGGGCAGCAGCAGAUGGGCCUCGGCCAGAUGUCGGAAUUCCAGAGGAAUCCCGUGGACUUCGGCUCCGGCGGCGGCGGCGGCGGGCCGGCGUUCAGGACUGCGGAGACCACCGCCGCCCCGUUUCCCGUUCAGCAGGAGCUGGAGCCGUCCAGCAGCUGCAUGUUCAGGAACGCCACCGCCCCCCGGCCCGUCAACGGCCUGCGCCUCCAGGCGAGGCCGAACCCCGCCGCCAGCCAGAUCCCCUCCAAGCCCUCCUGCUUCUACCAGACCGCGCCCGCCGGCGGGGCCGUGCCGGGGAUGACGGCCGUCCCCCACCCCGACGAGGCGGCCCUGUCCUGCCAGAUGGCGGCCGGGCUCAACGCCAACGGCCUGCUGGCGCCGCAGCAGCCGUACCUCAGCUUCAACGAGCAGACGCAGAUCAACGGCUGUCCGGCGGUCAGGAACGGAGGCUUCCCCUUCUCCUCGCUGCCCAACGGGAACACCUGCUACUCGGAGAACAAAUAGAACCCGGAAAAACAGAAUGACAGAGGAGCAGACUGGAGAACAGGACGAUACGAGACUCGCCUCCUCUCGCUCGUCGGCCGCUCUCGUGUUUUUUUUUUUUUUUUUUUUUGUGGAAAGCUGGAAGUGUGCAGGACAGCUGUGAAGUUUCGGAAUUCGUUCCACCGCUGGACGUCUGAGGAGGAGACGAGUUCGAACGGAAGCGACGAGCUGCUGAGGAUCGUCCCGUGUCGGUCAAGCGUCUGCUCCGUGGGAACGCUGCAUGAGUGAAGACGAGUGACGUUAACCAGACCAACCAGCGAGCGCCGCCGCCGCUCGGGCCUGCUGUGCACAACCGAACCAUAAAACUCAACAUUUAGAGUCUAAAACAUGAAAAGAUCUCACAGUUUCUGCCAUUUUUUAUACACAGUACUGCUAUGAAGAGCAAUAAACUGAGCUAAAUUGAUUUUUGCCACAACACUAGAAGCCGGGGUCUCAGUAAACCGGAAUCCCACAAAGUGACUGUUUGGUCUGGUUAACCUCCCAUUUCCUCUUCAUAACAGCCCAGCAGAUUCCUCCUCGUUUUGUUCUUAGUUUGGAUUAAACUGAAUUCAGAGGCCCGGGCGAGAAAUGAAAGGACGCUAACGGCUUCCUGUUCGUCUUUUGCCGUCUGUAACGCACACCGCCCCCACACCCCACCCGAAGCUCUGCUCUCUGUACGCUCGGAAGGAUAAAAUGCAUCUCCUCUCUCUCUUUUUUUUUUUUUUUUUUUUUUUUUCUUUGUCCUUUUGAAAGUGCAACUAAGUUCAUUUCAACUCUUUGCUGUCGCAGCGAGGAAGAUCUUUGCUUUGCAGACAGGGUAUAAAAAAAUAAAAAAUAUAUAUAUAUAUAAAGAAAAAAACAUGGAAAAAAAGAAGAAACGCACAAAGAAAUCAGAGCAUCGGCCUGCUAACAGACAACGUAAAGUGGAAACGAUUCAGUGAAAACAGCUGCUUGUUUAUAUAUUUUAAAGCUUCGUCACUGAGCCAGUUUUAUUCUUCUUUAUCUCUCUUUUCUUUCAGAUUUUGUCUGUGUUGUUGUUGUUGUUGUUGUUGUUGUUGUGGGGGGGGUAAUAGAGACGAUGCCUCAGAAACUUUAUAAGGGACAGUCAACUGCAAUUUUUUUCAUAUUUCAACACAUUUCGAUGUUUGAUGGUGGACCGAAAACCAAAGUUAAAGUCUUUGAUGACGCCAAGCCAAAUUAUCACUUUUUUUUUUUUUUUUUUGCACUUAGAAUUUAAUGUUUGACUUGCCAAAGGACAAAAAGUUAACCCCGUGACAGAAUGAGACUCGUAAGGCAAUCAUUUAAAACCAAAGCACAAAAAAAAUAAAAAUAAAAGCCCAUUGGCGCAGUUUGUAUGUGGAGUAAAUAGUAAACUGUCAGUAAAUAGACGAAUGCAUUCAAAUGUCUUUUAAUGCAGCGGUGUCAAACGUGAGGCUGGUGGUCCAAAACCGGGACGCAAGAGGCUGCAAUCAGGCCCAGAAACCUCCACUUCACUGUGUUUUGGGUUUCAUUAAAAUGUGUUUGACACCCCUGAUUUAAAGGCACGUCCAGCAAAGCUGAGCUCGGAACAACAUCCUGCUUUAUUUUUAGUAUUAAGUGGAGAAAUUUAACCUCCUGUAGCGUGAAAUCUGCUGGACGAAACCUCAAAGUGAAAGACGAGGAUGUUUGUCAGGCUGCGACGCUGAUUUCACGCUUCCGUCCUCUUCCUCCUUCCGCUCCCGCUCCGUCUUGUUUUUCUACGUUCUUGCUCGGCGUCACGGACGACCCGUCCGGCAGCGAAACACAGAAGUAAAACAGUUAAAGGCAGCUAUUGUAUAGUUUCAAUGAGGACAUCAAAAGGAAAAAAAAAAAAACAAUAGGGAGAAAUAAAUCAAACCUGUAAAGGUGCCUUUUAAUUGGCCUCUUUUUGACAUGAUUGGCUUCAGUCGAUGUUGAGCCAUGAAUUUUCUCCUAGAUAAUAGUGUUUCUUCACUUUUCCUGAACAAGCAACAAGUCUGAAUUUUACCAAAAGCAUCCAUCAGUUUAGUUAAUGAGAAGAAACCCUGACUUUUUUGUCAGUAUAAUACAGAAUAUAUGUAUUUAACCAUCAUACAAGAGAACAGCGACGCCUUAUAUUGUCUAUAGAUCCAAGAGUUUUCAAGAAAAAUACCUUUAAUUAAUAUGAACAUUAGAAAGUCUACCAUUUAAUAAACAAAUGUAAAAAAAAAAAAAAUGUUUUAUUUAUUGAGCUGAGAAAAAUGUGACAUACAAACAAAAUGUUAUAAGAUUUCCAGCUGUCACGUGAAGGAUUGUGCUGACAGUUUUAGCAUUUUCCAGAAGGUUUGACAUAUAUUGUGGAUAUAUAUUCCCAAAUAAUUCAUAUUUGCUCUUAUUUGACCUCUGAAACAACAAAAUCACCCAGUUUGAUGCCACUAAAAUGACAGAAACCUUUAGGUUGACUGUAAACAGACACUCUGGGAAUGUAGAAAAUCAAUGUCAGUUGUUUUUACCUUUGCUUGAGCUUUGCUUUCACAGCAGGACGUGCAAAAUGUGACAUUUUAGGAGUCACGAUUGCUUUUAACACUUCUCCAAGAACUCUGAACGUGGAUGGUACAACUUCAAAUGUGAAUUGCUUCCAUCAGAGAUUAAGAGUAAAGAUAGAAAACUGCAUUUUCUAAUAUUUUACCAAUUAAACUGAAUGUUUCUUUUUUUGCAGAUUACAUUUUUGGUAGAAUUUUAAAAAGUGUGCUCCUCCUGAAAACCAAGCUAAAGCAGUGGUGAAACAGGCAGAAUCGUACUGCAGAUCUCAGGGUUUCUCCUCAUUUAAAUCACAGAACAGAACUUCACCAAACAAAUUUUGAAAUAAAACCAGACUGUUACACUCGUACCCGUACUAAUUGAAGUGUUUAUUUGGAGGGAGGUGACUUUUCUUCCUGUCCUGUUUGAAAUCAGAGGUUUUGCUCCUCUCAAAGUAUUCUCUAAAUGAAAAUAUAACCAUUUCUUGUUGCUUGCUUUGACGUUGUAGAAGCCCUUCCUACUUUAUAUUCUCCUGUCGUUCAAACACGAGGAGGCCAAGGCUCCAAAAUGCAGUAUCUUUGUGUAAGUGUAUAUAAAUAUAUAUAUUUGUCAUCUUCUUUUUUUUUUUUAAGUACGUAUUGUCAUAUAUUGUGUAUUUUAAUAUUGUAUUGCCGUAACCUGACCCACAGUUAUAAUGGAUUGCUUUUUUUUCUCUUGUACAUUUUCUGCACAGUGUAUAGAUGUGUAACCUCGUCUUCUUCUUCUUCUACUUCUUCUUCUUUUUAACUUUUCGACUCAUAAGUCGACAAUUUGCCUUCAACGUUUUCCUUCUGAGUGUUUGAGUCAGCCUUUACACAAAUAAAUGUGAUCUGAUCACUGCA